AUGCGGAACCGCGGCGGAAGAGCCGCAGGAGGGUCCCACCUCCUCCCCGCCCCUUUCCCAGCGGGCUGUGGUCACUUUACCCAACCUGACGCUUUAAUAAUGCAUGCGCUUACCUGGUGCGCGCGGGCGGCCGCCUCCACCGCGUCCCGAGGCUCCCUGGGGCAUCCGAAACACACACACAAAAAAAUUUUAAGACCCAAUUGGAAACGCCCCUGGCUUGUGCAAUCUUCCUGCCUGGUAGUUCCGCCAAAAACAAAAACAAAACAGUUCAAGCGCAAACCUGGAGCAGGCGCGCAGGCACCAAGUUUGCCAAAUGCUCCAGUUUUCCGUGUGCAGAAACGACGCAAAGGAGGGGGGCGCCUAUCCCCGAGUUUCCCCAAUCGGCUUCGGAAGCCACAGGCCCCUCCUCGCCCCUCGGCGGGAGAAAGCCCGCGGCCCGCCCGGCUGCCUGCUCCCCUCCUCCGAGGAAAGGCGACUCCACAACUUUGUGCUCCAGCGAGGCUCGCAGCUCCCGCGGCUCCUCCUCCGCCGCCGUCUCCCCGCCGCCGGCCUGCCCCUUUGUUGGAGCGCAACGCAAGAGGCAGAGAACGGAGGGUGGGGCGCCGGGCCGAGCGCCCGCGUGCCGCCGCCCCCGGGGAAGGGGCUCGCGUCCCGGCACCCGGGGCUUCGCUCUCCCGAGGAGGAGGCCUGGCGGGUCCGAUCCCCAGGCCGGCGCCGCCCCAGCGCUCCGGCUGCCCCUCCCUCCUCCGCCCCGCCGCCGCCGGCCCAGCAACUUUGUUCCCGGGUUCCGCUCGGGACCCUCCUUGGCGGCCACCACGGGCACCGCUGCGGGAACGAGGCGCCGCGGGUCACCUGACCGCGCGCCCGGUCAAUGAACGCCGGCCCAGCGCGCCCUCCCCGCCCGCAGCUGCCUGGCCCCGCGCUCCUCUGGCCUGGGGCGGCGCGCCCUUAUCCAGCUCCGGGAGCGAACUGUUAGUGCCGGGAGCCAGCACGAGAAUGGGUGUCCCGCGCAAACACCAUGCCCUUGAUUCCGAUGAUCCAGAAGUACACUUCUGUUCUACAACCUGUUUCCAAGCCUGAGGGGUUGGCCAAAAAGUACGUCAGAAGUAUGGCAGUUGUGCUGUGUGUGCAUUUCUCAAUGGCACUUCAUUCCCCCAACGUGUUCCUUGAUUCUUGGACAAGUGCAUCCUGCUUGGAAAGAGAAAGACAAAACACUUCAUAUAAACAGAGCUCCCUGAAAAUACCCUGGCAAAGGAGCAAAGAUGGCCCAAGUCCUUGGGUCCCUGCGUUCACGUGAGAGACCUGGAAGAAGCACCUGACUCCUGACUUCAGACUGGCCCAGCUCCUGCUAGUGCGGCCAUUUGGGUACUGAACCAACAUAUAGAAGAUCUCUCUCUGUGUCUCUUCCUCUCUGUCUCUCUCUCUGUAACUCUGCCUUUCAAAUAAAUAAAUAAAUAUUUUUUUAAAAAAAGAAAAAAGCUCUUCUGUAUUUCAAAGUCAGAAAAUGGGUGAAUUUAUUUCUCAGGCAACACAUGGCAGCAUAUGGAUGGCAAACUUAAAAAAUUCAUGACAUAGCAAUAAGUAUCGGAUUCAUAUUUAGAGUAGCAAUUUAGCCUUAUGACUAUAACAUCUGUCACAUUAAAUUUAUGCUGU